ACACAGCCUGCCGGCCGCUCUGCAGGGCCGGGAGCAGCCAGCAUGGGCUGGGUGGCCGGCUUUCUGAGGUCCCUCCUCCUCCUCCUGGAUGUUGGAGGAGCUCAAGUGUUGGCAACGGGCAAGUCCACUGGGGCCGAAACUGACAUCAAAUACGCCCUCAUCGGGACGGCGCUGGGCGUGGCCAUCUCGGCAGGCUUCCUGGCCCUGAAGAUCUGCAUGAUCAGGAAGCACUUGUUCGAUUUUGAUUCCUCAGACCUGCGGAGCGCAAACGUGGGAGUCAGCGAUACCAUCACGUCAAAGAAGAGAGCCCCACGGUCAAACCUCAACUUCUCCGAAAGAGAGGCACAAGUGAUUGAACUCUAAAUGAGCAGCCACUUCCGGAGGGGCCUGGCAGUCUGAUGCCGCCCACUGCAGCAUGGGGAGUGUCUUGAAUUUGAAUAUCCAAAGCUAGUGAUGGACGUCAAUAUCCGGGCAAAUAAUAGCAUGAACAGAACCCAUCGUGCCUGUGUCCUGGAGGAAAGCAUCACCUCUCUUGCAAGAAGCUUGCCCAUAGCGGGAGGCAUGAGCACCGCAUCCAGGAGUGAGGAAGGAUGGAAGCCAGUCAGUCCUCUCUGCCUGCGUGGUACCCACGCGGAGCUGUUCAGGCUUCCGUGGUGACAUGGACUCCUUGUCGAUGGAACCUCCCCACAGAACAUGCUCAGGGAAUGAGGACCAAACUCAAGACACAGCCUCUUAAGCACCAGCAUCUUGGCGACAGGUAAGCAGCGUUUUCCAGAACUGUUGGCCUCACCUUCGUAGCUGCCGGAAGAAGGCCCCAGGAACGUGUAGGCGCCCUGAUGCACAGAGACCGUGAGCAGUCUCUCUUUCUACAGACGAAACACUGAUCUUCCAAAGAAGAGAUGGCAGGCUGGGCUGGAGCGAGAGGACACGCCUGCUGGCCACGGGCUGACCCGCAGCCCUGCAGCGCUCAUGGUGGGCCAGUAAAGAAUUGCAUGGGAAGCAGAUGCUGUGCCUGGGAUAAAGCUAUCCCAGUGUAAGCGAUUGUUGUUACACUCACAGGAUUACUCCCUGGUUAUUGUUACAGUGUGCGUGCCUGGUCAUGGAGAGGCUCGGAAACAUCUUUUUACUGUUCCCCUCAGUGGAAGGCUCUGCGGCCCAGCCGGUCCACACGGCUCUGCCCUGUCAUGCUGACCUGUGUUUGUGGGGCUGCAGCUGGAGCCCUCUGUGCCUUUGCACGCGACAGAGAUCGGGUGGUUCUAUGGACGGUGCUCCUUGUGUUGGAUUACUCUCCUCGUGUGUGAUGACAGAUGAGCUAUAUCACAAAAUGAAGUGCUGCGUUUCGACAAUUUGCCUGGAUUCCCAGGGCAUCUUUCAUCUGACUUGAUAACAAUGUAGCUCAUUAGCAGCCUUUGUUAACUGAUAACCUAAAGCAGUAAUGUGAUAAUCAUACGCAGUUUUCUGUGUGUAAGAGAAUAAA